AUGCCGCAACAAAAGAAAGAUUAUUUGAGCGACGCUUGGAAAGAUGGCCUCUUUAGUGACAAGGUUCUGUUCUGCACAGGUGGUGCUGGUUCUAUCUGCAGCGCUCAAACCAGAGCUCUUGUCCAUCUAGGAGCCUCUGCUGCCAUCAUUGGCCGCAACAAGGAGAAGACGGAGCGAAUGGCCGCCGACAUUGCUACAGCCCGCCCUGGCGCUCGUGUGCUUGCAAUCGCCGGAGUCGACGUUCGCGACCCCAAGGCUCUUCAAGACGCUGCAGACAGAACAGCCAGAGAGUUGGGUUCAAUCGACUAUGUAAUUGCUGGCGCAGCGGGUAACUUCCUUGCGCCACUGUCACAACUCAGUGCCAAUGCCUUCAAGUCCGUCAUCGAUAUCGAUGUCCUCGGCAGCUACAACACUGUCAAAGCAACCCUGCCUUACCUUGUCGAGAGCGCCAAGCGCAGCACUACCAGCGGCAGAGUCAUCUUCGUCUCGGCAACAAUCCACUAUACCGGUCUGCCUUUGCAGACUCAUGUUUCAGCCGCCAAAGCAGCCGUGGAUUCUCUGUCGAAUGCGGUGGCCAUCGAAUAUGGGCCACUAGGCGUCACAUCCAAUGUCAUUGCACCGGGUCCCAUCGGCGGCACAGAGGGCAUGGAACGAUUGGCCAAGAGCGAUCCUGCGAGCGUUGCAAAGUCGGCAAAGAGGGUUCCCGUGGGCCGGCUGGGGUCGGUCAAGGACAUAGCAGACGCGACCGUGUACUUGUUCUCUGAUGCAGGAAACUUUGUCAAUGGCUCGACGGUGGUCGUGGACGGAGGCAGCUGGAGGGUCAACGCAGGCGGACCGGGAUCUACAUGGGAGUACCCAGACUUCCUCCUGAGUGGACAGGUUGUCGAGGGCGUCAAGGGUGGAAAGGCCAAGCUGUAG